UCUCUCUCUCUCUCUCUCUCUCUUUCUCUCUCAAACACAGUUUGACCGGUUGCCAAUCACAGCAGCUCUAUUUGUCUCUCUCUUUUCUCUCUCUCUCAGACCCCACUCCGAUCUUUUGAGUGGAAAUGUGAGCUGAAGCCGCCUCUCUUUUAGAGAUGAAUGGUUAAAAAAGAGAACAUCUUCUCUCUCUGUUCUCUCUUCCCGGCUCUCAAAUUUCCUGAUGAAACCCUAAUUCCAGCCCAACUCACAAGAAGCCAUCGCAGAUCUCUCCAUCAAUUUCAUGAUCCGUGGGUCAUUUAUUCCCUUCUUUACGCAUACCCUUUUGCCCCAACACCAAGGCAGCCCAGAAAAGAAUGGAAAGGACUGUUCUCUUUGCAGAUCAGAGCUUUAAAGACGACGACGACGACAUGGCUAGUACUUUCUGAUCAAUUCUCUUCCAGAAGCCCUCUCUCUCUCUCUCUCUCCCUCCCCCUUUAAUGAGUUUGGACAUGGAUUCGGGUAACAGUGGGAGCAUUCAGUCCUCCAGUGGUGGCGAUGAAGAGUACGACUCACGCGCCGAAUCAUUCUCCGCCUUCUUGAACCCCACGGCCGCCCAUAUUGCCCCCAUGACCAACCCCCCGCCGCCGCCGUCUCACCACCACCCCAACUCCUCCAUCUUUGACCCGUUAUCCAACUUGUUCGACCCCUUAUCUCGAACCUCUCCACCACCGCCGCUGAAUCUCGACGCUGUUUGGUGCAAGAACCUGAGAUCUGCACCGAAUUGCACCGAGAUGAACCCCAUGUUGGUCCAGCCCUUCUUCGGCUCUCAAGCCCAGCCUCGCGGCUGCCCUCCGCCGAACGUUCCGUUCUCUCCGGCGGCAGAGAAUACAACCCCUCGAGCUUCACAGGCGGCGACGACCGGUGAUCAGGCCCAUGCGGUGCGGAACCCGAAGAAAAGAUCGAGAGCUUCUCGGCGUGCACCAACCACUGUUCUGACCACAGACACCACAAAUUUCCGGGCCAUGGUUCAGGAGUUCACUGGCAUCCCGGCGCCACCAUUCACAUCCUCACCGUUCCCUAGGAGCAGAUUUGAUCUCUUCGGUGCACCCUCCAGCAUGAGAUCUGGCCCCUUGGAUGCUGCUGCUUCACAACCACCCUAUCUUCUUAGGCCUUUUGCUCAAAAGUUCCAACCACCACCACCGCCAUUUGUUUCCUCUUCCUCUCCUAAUUCAACUACCUCUUUAUCCUCUUCAUUCUUGAGUUCUUCCCUGGUUGAUGGUAUUAAUAUUAAUCCUUCUUCUACGACUACCACUAACAAUAUUCUCUCUUCUGGUACUUCGACCACUAGUGCUGUUUCUCAUUCGACUUCCCUUAACUACCAACUUCUGCCUUCUGAUUUAGGCAUUUUGAAGCAGACUCAAGGCUUACUGAUGAAUAUGCAGCAAAGCCCAAUUCUGGCAUUCCAGCCUUUUCUCCAAUCAGCCCCAAAAUACCCACUUUCCAGUCCCAAUAUUCUCGGCUCAAAAACUCCGGCCGACAACGUUCAGUCAUCAAAUGAUUCACACCUCAAAAUGGGCGGCUUGGGUGAAUUUAAUCCGACCCAGAUCGCCGGCCUCCCAAAUCUGGUCUCUUCCGAGGGAGCCACGGCGAGGAACGACAGCAAUCCGGAGAGCUGGGCCGACGGAGCUGGCUCCGACGCAAGCCAUUUGAGAUCGGUCAACGGGAAUUACGAUUACUUGCAGCAGGGUGUUAACAAUGGCAAAUUAAACAAUAACUACUCGGUUUCUUCGUCCAAUUUUCACGCAGACAAGGGGUCCCAAAAUGUUCCUGCCAGAGGUGAAGCUGGCAUUUUUUCCAUCCAUAUCCAUGGGUUCACAUGCGUUUGACCAGAAUGGUGCAUCUCAAAGGGAAACCGAAUUUCAUCAAACUCUGCGUCUGUGCUUAUUUUUCUACGUGUCUAUGUUCUUCCUCGUACCUUCUGUUCUAUUAUAUACACCCAAGAAGAAAAUUCAACUGUUUGGUGCAAA